AUGAGCAUAUGUAUUGCUGGACUGUCCUUUUAUACUAAUGCAGAAGCACAAGAUGGUUUUGAUAUAUAUAUGAAUAUUACAUCAAGGAAACUUCGUCUAAUAUUUGAAAUGAAGCUUGGAGAGGCAACCAGUUCCUUAGUAUCAGAGAUAUUUCGAGCAAUAGAAGUAUAUCAGACAGUUAAAAGUCCUGCAGCGGAAUUUUUGUGGAUUGAAAAAUUAACACGGAGUACGAGAAAUUUAGCUACUGGUGGUAAAGAUACGCAUGAUGCUGUCGACUCUUUGUUCAAUCUUGAGAAUCACGAAUUAACAGUACCAAGACAAAGCAUUGCCUCGGGUAGAUCCCCAGUAGCUGCAAGAGAAUCAGUAGUCCGAUAUCAAAUGGCUUGUAAAGAAGAUGAUUAUACAUACAGUAAAACAUUUCGUAUACUUAUUUGUACAUGGAACGUAAACGGACAGCCUCCAAAUGGCAUUAAAUUAGAUUCGUGGUUAAGCACCGAUGAAAUGCCGCCAGAUAUAUACGCUAUUGGAUUCCAAGAAUUAGAUUUAAGCAAAGAAGCAUUCUUAUUUCACGAAACUCCUAGAGAAGAAGAAUGGAGACAAGUUAUAGUCAAUUCACUUCAUCCUGGAGGUAUAUAUACUCAAGUAGCUCUAGUUAGAUUAGUAGGCAUAAUGCUGCUGAUAUAUGCACUUGAAACACAUAUACCAUUCAUUGAAAAUGUGUCUACUGAUACAGUAGGGACAGGCAUUAUGGGAAAAUUGGGUAAUAAAGGUGGCGUUGCAGUAAGUUGUUGUAUUCAUAAUACAUCUAUCUGCUUUGUUAAUGCCCAUUUAGCUGCACAUUGUGAAGAAUUUGAACGGCGGAAUCAAGAUUAUGCUGAUAUUUGUGCGAGAUUAUCUUUUACAAAAUAUGUACCACCUAAAAGUUUCAAAGACCACGACCAGAUCUAUUGGUUGGGAGAUUUAAAUUAUCGCAUAACGGAUAUGGAUGCUGCAACAGCUAAGCAACAUAUUUCAGAAGGCAAUUAUGGUCCUAUCUUAGCAUUAGACCAACUUGGACAACAACGCAAAGCAGGUCGUGUAUUUCAAGGAUUUCGAGAAGCCGAAAUUGAUUUUAAACCCACGUACAAAUAUGAUCCAGGUACCGACAACUGGGAUUCAAGUGAGAAAUGUAGAGCUCCUGCUUGGUGUGAUCGAAUAUUAUGGAAAGGAGAUAUGAUUAAAUCAAUUAAUUAUAAAAGUUAUCCACAGUUAAAAAUAUCUGAUCAUAAGCCAGUUAGUGCCAGUUUUGAAUCUCAGAUACGAAUUAUAGACAUGGCUAAGUAUCGUAAAAUCCAUGAGGAAGUAAUGAAAAAAUUAGAUAAAUUAGAGAAUGAAUUCUUACCUCAAGUAAUGGUUGAUACCACUGAUAUUAUUUUUGAUGUUUUAAAAUUUCUUGAACCUAGUAGUAAAGAACUUAUUAUCGCUAAUACAGGCCAGGUACCAGUCCAAUUUGAAUUUAUAAAAAAAUUAGAUGAUACAAACUAUUGCAAGGAUUGGCUACAUAUAGAACCUUAUACAGGUUUUAUUAAACCAGCUGGCGGUGUACAUUCAGUAGCGGAAGCAUUAUUACUACUCUUAGAAUCUACUGCUGAACCAUUGAUACCAUAUAACUUACAUAGUGUUUGUCUAUCUGCAGCAACUAAUUAUUUACAAUGCAAACAAAUUGUAAUGCAACUACCUGAGACUAGAAGAACAGUUUUCCUUUAUAUCAGCUCAUUUUUGCAAGAGUUAUUAAGUCAUACACAGGAUAAUGAACUCGAUGUUAAAACGCUUGCGACGUUGUUUGGGUCAAUAUUUUUAAGAGAUCCGCCGAGAAGCAGGGACGAUCGUCAUCAAAGGAAUCGUGCAACUCAAAUUACUUUUGAUAAGAAAAAGGCUGCAUUUGUUUAUCAUUUCUUGGUCAACGAUCAAAGUGAUUUUAUAUUGGGUCGAUAAUAUGCAGAUUGAACAUUUAACGAAAUAUUAAUAAUAUUACUUAUGAACAUCUUAUUGAUAUAUUUGAAACAAAAAAAAAUAUUUGACUAAAUUAGUCGGCAAUUAUCUAUGAUUUUUAUAAUAUUAAAGGUAGGACAAGUAUUUUUUUAUCUCUCAUAAUUAAAGCAACAUUUUUUUGAUGUGUUGAUAUAAAUCGAUAUUUACAUCGGUAUAUUACAAAUAAUACAAAAAUUUUAUAUACAUGUAUUAAAUAUGUAGAUAUAGUUUAAAAAAAUACUUUUCUUCACACAUAAGAACAAAACUAGUCACUUUCUUAAAUUUUUUGAACUUUGUAUGCAAAGCGAACUUUGUUCUAAUGAACUUUGUUCUUUGUGCUAGCGAUUAUUAGAAAAUGUUUAAUAUAAUUUUUCUACGCU